AUGUCAUCACCGCCGCAGAAAGUGUCGCUAUAUUCCGUCAAUGAUCUGAAGAAUGCCACCGACGAUGCCAUAUCCCCCUAUCUGACAUCCUUACCGAAUCCUUACACAUUCAAACAGCAACAUGGCACAACAAACGUCCGCCUGGCUUUGGGGUACAGUGCCGUGAUCAUUGCCGGGGUAUUGUUCUAUGCCGACUACAAACUAGGCUGGGACGAUACGAAAGCCUACACCGCCCCUGCCUGUCUCGCGUACUUCAUCCUGAACGGCAUAUUGACUUACUGGAUUUGGGCGGUUGAAGCGGGGACUAUAUUCGUCGGAGUGAGGGAAGGCGGCCAGAAGCUCACUCUCAAAUCCUCUUCGAAAAAACACUCGCCGAUCUACAAGCUCAAGGUCACAUACGAGGCCCCUUCCGGUAAGAAAUGGGAGGAUAAAGAGGUGUCGGGAUCCUUCACCCAGUGGUUCAAUACCCACGGCUACCUCCAGACCAAAGAACUGCAAGCGUGGCUCAACGGUAACAUCGAAGUUCUAUCAACAGCUGAAAAGGAGGGUAAGACCCCGAGCAAAAGCACCACUACUACUACCACCAACGCCAUCGAUUUCUCGACCGACGCUGCAAUCGCCGCCCUGGAUCCCUCGACCUUCGCGUCCGGCGUUGACGCUCCCAACGUAGUGUCACCCACGAACACUGUCAAAAAGGGUCGAUCGAAGAAGAAGACGUGA